AUGAAAUCAAGAAUUGUAGUGCUGCUGAUACUAUGCCUAACUUUGUAUCAAAUCUCCAUUUCAUGCAUAAAUAAACAGCUAAUUUCCCCAGCUUCCGGUGUGCUGAAAUCCGAGUCAUUAAACAUAAUUCCAGCUCCUACUAAUCUGAGCCACCUGCUCUUCGGGAUACUGGGGUCCGAAAAGGCGUGGCGCCACCGCAAGGCCUACACAGAAUCAUGGUGGCGGCCGGGUGCCACCCGAGGUGCUCUGUUCCUGGACAAACUCCCAUCGGAGGCGUGGUCCCCCACUCUCCCACCUUACAGAGUCUCGGAUGACCUCAGAGGUCUACUAAUUAACAAGCACGAUCUCCGGGCGAGCAGGAUGGUGCACGGUAUCCUCGAGGUCAUGAGGGAAUUUGCAGCUGGGGACCAUCAGCAAGUGAGGUGGGUGGUGAUGGGAGACGACGACACCAUUUUCUUCGUGGAUAAUAUAGUGGAGGUGUUGGCGCGGCUGGAUCACACCAGAUAUUUCUACCUUGGGGGGCAGUCAGAGUUUCUAAUGUCGGGUUAUUGGUUCUCCUUCGAGGAGGCAUUUGGUGGAGCCGGGAUCAUCAUGAGUUAUCCUGUUGCCAAAGCAUUGGCUGAGGAUAUGGAUGGUUGUCUGAAGAGAUAUGCAUACUUGUUUUCUUCUGAUAAUACAACUAAAAACUGUAUUGCGGACAUCGGGACCAAUCUGUCUCCUCAGAUGGGGAGCCAUCAGAUUGAUUUACUUGGCGAUAUAUCUGGUUUUCUAUCAUCUCACCCUCUUUCCCCCUUACUUUCCCUCCACCACAUGGACAAGGUGGAGCCAAUAUUUCCGUCCAGGGACCGUUUUGAAUCGACUCGGCAUCUGAUGAGGGCUGCAGCAGCCGACCAGUCGAGAAUGUUGCAGCAAACAAUAUGCCACCACAGGCAAACCAACUGGACCAUCUCAAUUGCAUGGGGAUAUUCAGCACAGAUAUACGAAACAAUCUUCCCGCGCAGCCACCUGCAGAUGCCCCUCGAAACAUUCAAACCAUGGUCAAAGCGUCGAGACAUAAGCCUCCCUUUUUACAAGUUCAAUACGAGGGCCCCCUCGAUAUUGUGAAGCCCCACACAGUUUCUUUCUCGAGGUGGUGGAUAAAUCAGUCGAGCGCGGUGAAGUUAUCACUACAUAUGCUCGGGCUUGGCCUCUUCCUCUGCCUCCGUGUGCCUCUCAUUCUGCAGAUGCUAUCAACAUCAUUCAAGUCUAUUCACCCCCCGCUAAGCGCUAUCAGAUGGAUAGAUGUGAGUGUUGUGACAUCAUUGGAAUGGACAAUCAUAUGGCGGAAGUCAGGCUCAGGGAAUGCAUGUUGGAUGAAAUAAUUGCUUAAUUUGAUCAAAUUUUAUGGGAUAUAUAUGUAGGAUGUUGUAGUGGCUCUCUGUGAGAUAUAGUAUAUGAAAUUGUUUAGAUAUCAAAAUCAAAUAGUAUUAAUCUCAUCUGUUAAGAGUACUGUGCCCGGCAUGAAAACACAAUAGAGUUAGAAAUUUUGGAUAAGAAAAAUAUACAACACAAUGAGGACAAAUUUAAGGGCCACUAGAGCCCGUAUUGUAAUUACUAGUUUUUAUUUAUUUUCAAUGUAUUAGUAACA